CACGCCAAAAUGAGGCACGUGAGAAUCUUUCCAUAAAAUGUGUUUAACAUAUAUUAUACGUAACAUUUUACCGCUUAAUUAAUGUACUACCAAAUAUAAUGUCCAAAAACGUUGGCGGAAUUCGCUUAGAGUUAUAUUUUACUUGACAUUUUCGUACGGUUCUCGACAGCGGUCCCGCAUCUGAAACGCAAUCCGAUUCAAUCUGAAGAUUAUUUGGCUUCAUCUGAAAUUCAAGGUCUCGAGAGACACGUUGUACGAGGCCGUUAAGGAGGUCCAGGCCGGUUCCCGUCGCAAGAAGAGAAAGUUUCUUGAAACCGUGGAACUCCAGAUCAGCUUGAAGAACUACGACCCUCAGAAGGACAAGCGUUUCUCAGGCACUGUCAGGCUGAAGACCACCCCGCGGCCCAAGUUCUCUGUCUGCGUUCUUGGAGACCAGCAGCAUUGUGAUGAAGCAAAGGCCGCUGAACUGCCACACAUGGACAUUGAGGCUCUUAAGAAGCUCAAUAAGAACAAGAAGCUGGUCAAGAAGCUGGCAAAGAAGUACGAUGCUUUCCUGGCCUCUGAGUCUCUGAUCAAGCAGAUUCCUCGUAUCCUGGGCCCUGGCCUCAACAAGGCAGGAAAGUUUCCCUCUCUGCUCACCCAUAAUGAGAACCUGGGCACCAAGGUGGAUGAGGUGAAAUCCACCAUCAAAUUCCAGAUGAAGAAGGUUCUGUGUCUGGCUGUGGCCGUGGGUCAUGUGAAGAUGAGUGAGGAAGAGCUGGUCUACAACAUCCACCUGGCUGUCAACUUCCUGGUGUCUCUGCUGAAGAAGAACUGGCAAAACGUCAGAGCUCUUUACAUCAAGAGCACCAUGGGAAAACCACAGCGCCUCUACUAGAGACUCUGUUCCUCAGUUUUCUACAAUAAAUGUGGAGUUGAUCCGAA